AUGUAAUAUAAAUUUAAAGAAUAUUUUGUGAUUUAUUAAGAACAUUUGAAGAACAAAGAGUAGUGGAGAUUACUUAUGGUCCUCGUAUCUAUCUAUUAAAUGUGUGAUAUUAUCAUUGUGACAGGAGAUGCCAUAACUUUAGACAUUGAAGGAGACAAAUACAUAUUAAUAUAUAGAAUCUUGGUAAUAUAAAUUGGCAUUAUAGACCCAAAUAUUAUUGAUUGCGAUUUUCGAAGUGCUACUAAUAAAAUUAAUCAAGAUAAAAAAUGGAUUAAUAAAUCUCAUGACAUUAUUAAAAUUCAUAAGCUUGAUAAUUUGUUGGGAAGAGUUAGAUUAUUAUACAACGUAACAAUUAUUUUCAAGAAUACUUGAUAAGUUCUUGAUUUUAGUGUGUUUUGUUUUUGCAAUAGAAUCAUAGGUUUGUUAGACAUUAGCAAUAAUCUUUAAUUUGAUUUAUACAUUAUUAAGAAACUUUGAGAUGGAUUCUAAAAUAACUAUCAUAUUUGGAAUAAAGAUAGUGGUGAUUCAUGUCUUUUUACAAUUCUUGAUGAUUAUUAUCAAUAAAAAGAAUAUUAGGAAUAAUUCAAAUUCUUAAUUAGUAGCAUUAGGUUCUAGUAGCAAAGUGAGUUACACUUAUUUAAAUUCAUAGAGACUUUCUAAUCCUAGUAGAACUCUUCAUCAAUUAUAAAUAGAGAUACCUGAAAAUAGGAAUAUUUCUUAAAUACCACAUGAAUAAAGACAGGAUGAUCAAUAAACUGAAUCAGUUUAAUAAGAUCAAAUGAAUGAAGCUAUACUAUCAUCAGCAGAAUUUGGAAUAUAUUUAAUAGAGAGUUUGAAUAAAAAUGUGUAAGUGAUAAAUUCUUAGUUAUCCAAUAUUGUUAUGAAAGAAGAUUAACUAAGUACUCAAUUUCUUGAAACAGAGUUGUAUGACUUUGGAUUGCUUCUUGAAGAAUCAUCUUUAUUAUUACCUAAAUUCCAUAGAAGUUAAGAUAUUGCACAAUUCCUAAAAUUUGCAUAAACUUUAGAGUAUUGUAUAAGUUUAUAUUCUUGAGUUCCAACUAAUUUGGAUAAUCAUAAUGAAAGCGAUCCUUCAUAAAUCAAGAGAUUACAAUUAUUAACCAAAAAAAUGCAAUUUAAAUCAUUCUUCGAUAAUCUAAUUGCAUUCAAUCAUUUGAAAUUUUCAAACAAUCAUUCUUCUAUUGAUUUCUCCCUCAAAAUUUAUAUAAAAUUCGAAUCUUGUUAUUUACAAGUUGUUUUAUCACCUCUUAUCUACAAAUAGAAACCUUAAAUUGUGAUAUUUGUAUCUGACAUUACAGAAGAUCCAUAUAUUACUACAAUAUUGAAUGCUAAUAAAAAUAAUGAUUUUCUGAUCAGUGAUAUAUCCCAAAAGAUUAAAUAACCUCUUAAUUGUACUAUUUCAAUGUUAGAGAUUAUUAUGGUAUGUUAUAUCUAAUUAUUAAGAAUACUACUCCUUCAGAUAUUAAAGAAAAAUACAUUAGUCCAGCACUUGCAGGAUGUAAAUUAUUAAUUAAUACUGCUAAUGAUAUUCUUGAUUAUGCAUAAUUGCAAAAGAAAGAUAAAUUAGAUUUAGUUUAAUUAGAUAUAUAGAUCUAAGAAUUUAUAACUGAUAUCAUUAAUGUAGUCAAAUCUUAAGCCAUUUUCAGAGGAUUAAAAAUAUCUAUUAAUAUUAAAUAGAAUGUUCCUUAAUUCAUUAGAACUGAUCCAAAUAGAUUAAGAUAAAUCUUACUUAAUUUAUUAGUAACUUCAAUAUAAGCAACUGUUAGAGGUUCUAUAAUAUUUAGUGUUUCCAAAAGUCAAAUGUUGAAUGAACAUAUAGAAUUUGUUGUAAAAGUCAAAGCUCAUGAAACUAAUUUCUCAAUUCUUAAAAUUAUAGAAAGAACAGUUAGAUUCUUUAAAUCAUAAAUAUUGAAAUAAAAAAUAUUAGAUCUUGGUAGUCUUAGAUAAUAUUCAUAAUCUAUUUUGAUUGCUUUUUAUUUAACCCAAUGUUUGUCCUAAAUACCAUUUGAAUAUAAUUAUGAACGAAUUGGUAAUAAGGAAGAAUUCAGUUUUAUCAUAAAGAUAAAAAACCUUUAUCCAUAAUUUUAUUAAAAUGUCAAUUAAAAAAGAUUGUCUGAAUUUACAAAUUAAUAAAGUUUCUAUUAAUUGUAUUAGAAUAAAGAAGGAUUAAAAAGAUAUUAAUCUUCAAUGUCUAGUCUAUAACCAGAGAGUUCAAAUAUAGAACUGAAAGAAGCAAGACAAAAAUUAAAUAUUAACAUUAUCUAAAGUGAGAAUAAAGAAUCUAAAGAAAAACAAAAGUAAAUUCAAGAAUAAUCUAAUGAAUCAGAUGAUAGUCUUUCUGACUAAUAAGAUGAUGAAGUUUCAAUAGAAUCUAAGAAUGGUAUUUCAAAUAGAGUGGAAUAAAUGUUAAAAAUACAACCAUACUUUUUUGAUUAUGUGAAUGAAACUUAAAAGAAAAUAGAAGGUGUAAGUUCUUAACCAUCUCAAUAAUUAACAUUUGGUGGAUUAGGAUAGGGUAGAUCAUCUAUAUACUCUUCUUUAUGUUUUACUAGUGGUACUAUGUAACCUAAUGAUUUAUUGGAUUGUUUUGAGAAGAUGGAAAAAAUUAAAUAAUAAAAAAACAAAUUUAAUUGUCGAGUAUUUUUAUUUUUAUAUUUAGUGUCCUAAAAUAUUAAUAUGUGAAAAUGUAGAUCUUGAUCUUUAUGCCUUAUCCCAUUAAUUAACGAAUAUUGGAAUCACAUAUGAGUAUAUAACAUAGAGAUCUCAAAUAGUGAGUACUCUUGUUAAACUAUUAAAUAGCGAUUUGUAAUUAUAGUAAAAUAGUAAUUAAUAAAAGUAGAAUAUUGAUAAUCAACAAUUAAAGAUCAAUAAUGAUAAUUAUUAAAUGAGAAACAAUGAAAAUUAACUUUGUUGUAAAGGACUAUAACUCUUAUUUAUUAGUAUUGAAUAAUUUGAAGAGGAAUUAAAUAUUUUAUUCAAUUCAAUUAAAGAAGUAUAUGCAGAAUUCAAAGUAGAACCAAGAAUUAUUGGAUUGAUUGGUUGUAUGGAUGAAGAAAAUAGAGCCUAAACUAGAAAACUACCUUUUCAUGAUUAUUUGUCAAAACCAAUAAUGAUUGAUGCAUUACUCUUUAUCUUAGCUAAAUGGAUCAAAAUGAAUUGA